GCCACUCAGACAACACAACACUGAGAAGCGUGACGCAAACUGAAGUGAAAUUAUUCGCGCAACGUAAAAUAUAAUAUCCUAGAAUAUAAACUCAACAAAAACAUGACUAUCAAGCUGACAGAAGGCGCAAUAGAGGCUCUGACCAAAGGCAGUGACAUUAACAGUCCAAUACUUCAAUUAUUGAACAUCCGUAAGAUCGAUGGAGGUAACGGGCCUGUCCGCUUUCGCCUCAUGAUGAGUGAUGGACUGCAUUCAAUGUCUUCUUUCAUGCUCUCCACCCAGCUCAACCCCAUGGCCGAGGACAACCGGCUGGCCCCCAACUGUCUCUGCCAGCUCAAGAGGAACGUCACCAACGUCCUCAAGGACGGACGGCGUGUGGUGGUUAUUCUGGACAUGGACGUGGUGACACCUGCAGAGGAGGUCGGAUGCAAGAUCGGAGAACCCACCCCCUAUACAGAAGGCCAGAGUAAAGCCCCCCCAGCAGCCUCUAACCCCCCUGUACGGCCUCUACAGCCUCAGAAUGGCAGUGAUGUAGCCCCCAUGCACAGAGGUCCCAACAAAGACUUUGUCAGGAAGGCCCCCCCUGCAUGCCCCAACACCCCCGGGGGCUCCUCCAAGGUGGUGCCCAUCGCCAGCCUCAACCCCUACCAGUCCAAGUGGACCAUCCGGGCCCGGGUCACCAACAAGAGCGGCAUCCGUACCUGGAGCAACUCCCGCGGCGACGGCAAGCUCUUCUCCAUGGAGAUCGUGGAUGAGAGCGGAGAGAUCCGAGUAACCGGCUUCAACUCGGAAGUGGACAAGUUUUACAGCCUGAUCGAGACUGGCAAGGUCUUCUACAUCUCCAGGGGCUCCCUGAAGAUCGCCAACAAGCAGUACUCGUCCCUGAAGAACGACUACGAGAUGACCCUGAACGGAGACUCCAGUAUCGUGCCCUGCGAGGACAGCCACGACGUUCCCAUGGUGCAGUGCGACUUCGUCUCCAUUGCCGACCUGGAGACCCGCGAGAAGGACAGUGUCCUAGAUGUGAUCGGCGUGUGUAAGAGCGUGGACGAAGUGACCCGCCUCACCACCAAGACGAGCCGCGAGGUAUCCAAGAGGACCCUCAACCUGAUGGACAUGUCUGGGAAGGUGGUGUCUGUCACGCUGUGGGGAGAAGAGGCGGAGCAGUUUGACGGCUCGGGGCAGCCUGUCCUGGCCAUCAAAGGAGCCAAGCUGUCGGACUUUGGAGGGCGCUCCCUCUCUGCUUCCUUCAGCAGCACUCUCAUGGUCAACCCCGACAUCCCAGAGGCCUACAAGCUCCGGGGAUGGUAUGACAAGGAGGGCCAUGCCAUGGAAGCUCAGUCUCUGACGGAGAUGAGGGGAGGAGGAGGAGGAGGAGGAGGAAACACAAACUGGAAGAUGCUGUCUGACAUCAAGACUGAACACCUGGGGCAUGGAGACAAGGCUGACUAUUUCAGCUGCAUCGCCACCAUAGUGUACCUGCGUAAGGAGAACUGUCUGUACCAGGCGUGCCCCAGCCAGGACUGCAACAAGAAGGUGGUGGACCAGCAGAACGGGCUCUUCCGCUGUGAGAAGUGCGACAAAGAGUUCCCCAACUUCAAGUACCGCCUCAUCCUCUCUGCCAACAUUGCAGAUUACGGGGACAACCAGUGGGUGACGUGCUUCCAGGAGAGUGCUGAGGCCAUCCUGGGUCAGAACGCUGCCUACCUGGGGCAGCUCAAGGACUCGAAUGAAACAGCCUUUGAGGAAGCCUUCAACCAGGCUAACUUCCAGACCUUCGUGUUCCGGAGCCGAGUCAAGAUGGAGACCUACAACGACGAGUCCAGGAUCAAGGCGACGGUGAUGGACGUCAAACCCGUGGACCACCGAGAGUACAGCAAGAGGCUCAUCAUGAACAUCAGGAAGUCCGCUGCCCAAUGAGGAGCCUCUCGCCCUGAUGCUCUCCUCUCCUCACUGGCACACGCCACCCCCCUCCCCCUCUCCCCCUCACACACACAGUCAGACCACCCUGUCACACCACCAUGGACCAGCUCAAACAUGUUACCCCCACCCCUCCCAAAGUAAUUUUCCUUUCUUUUCUUUGUGUCCAGUGCAUAUGCUGUCCAGGAACCCCCCCCCCCCUCCUCUAUCUAGGUGAUAGUGUCAUGGGACUCCCCUGUCAUGUGACGUUUACCAGUCAGAUCAUGUAGGAAGGGAGAGGGACUGAGGGAGGACAAGUGGACUUGGAGGAAUCCUUUCUUUUCCCCCUGUGUUGGUGUGUCUUAAGCCUGCCAGCCGUCGCUGCGUGUGUUUUCCGGUCAGGCAGGCCUUUGGCUGCCUCCAGCAGCACCCUACGGAGCGGGCCCUCUCUCCCCCCCUCCCUCUCUCUCUACCUUAGUCACAAGGUCUGGGAUGGACCUGCACACCCCUGAUAAGACCGUUUAUCCCUCCUCACCCCCUCCCUCCCUCACCCUGUGCACACACGUUGGCAGACCUGAACUGCACUGCACUGUAUUUAUGUAGAUACAAGCUUUUUGUCAUUUUCUGUACUAUUGACAAGGAUGUUUUUUUUUGGGGGGGGGGGGAGAAAGCAGAGUGCGCACUGGCCAUGUCUCUAUUUUGAAAAACUCCAAUAAAAAUGGUUGUA